AUGGCGAUUGGAGGGGACUGGAGACGCGACGAUCCUGGGGCAACGGCGAGAGAGCUCGUGGUCUGGCAGAGAGAAUCAGUCCUGGAGAAACAAGAACGCCAGACAGGCCCAGGCAGCGACGUCCAAGAGCAGGCGAAGGGAGAGCAGAAGACGAGAGGACGGGGAGCCUGGAGGAUGGAGGAUGUUGAUCCAGCCGACGGACAACUCGAGAAAAAGGAGUCUCGGACUAAUUAA